GACAAAGGGACCGUGUGCGCGCCGCUCGCGCCCGCGCCGGGACUAAACCGUUUUUACCGGAGAAUCUUCGGACCUUUGUUUGCGCGCGAGCACAGGUGACGCACGCACUGCGGGGCGCGCGGCCUGACGUGCUGCCGGUGUGUGCGCGUGCGUGAGGCUCGUGCGUGAGGAGCGGCACCGGAGAAGAACCGGAGGAGACACCGGCGUGUCCCGCCGCAGCAGGCCGCAGACAUGAGCUCCAACUGGGGCACGGAGCUGUGGGACCAGUUUGAGAGCCUGGAGAAGCACACGGCAUGGGGCAUCGAGUUUCUAGAGAAAUACACAAAGUUUCUGAAAGAGAGAUCCGAGAUAGAACAGAACUACGCCAAACAGAUAAGGAACUUGGCCAAGAAAUAUCAACCCAAACGGAACCGAGAGGACGAGACCAGAUACUCGUGGUGUGUGGCGUUCUGCUCCUCCCUUCGUCAGUUGGAGGUGUUGGCGUCUCAAAGGGAGGAACUUUCUGAGAACCUGAGUGAAAACAUGCAAGAACUGAGCCGCUACACGUCUGACCUGAAGAGCGAGCGCAAAGGGCACUUCCAGGAUGGGCGUCGGGCUCAACAGCACAUCGAGAGCUCUUGGAAACAACUGGAGUCGAGUAAACGUCGUUUCGAGCGCGACUGUAAAGAGGCGGAGCGAGCACAGCACGCCUCUGACCGCCUCGACCUUGAUCGCGACGGAGAGAAGCGCUGCUCCAUCAAGGCUCGUCAGAACGCGCAGCAGAAACAGUUCAAUGCUGAAGAGUCUCGGAAAGAAUAUGAGACGAGUCUGAACCAGUUCAACCAGGAUCAGGUCCAACACUACAGAACCCUGGUCCCAGUCAUCUACCAGAGGAUCCAGGACAUGGAGGAGCGCAGGAUCGAGCGCGUGUCGGAGACGAUGAGGAGCUGCGCCGAAGCCGAGAGGAAGAUCUUACCUCAGACCUCCAGAUGUUUAGAAGGACUUUUAGACGCCGCUGCCCGGAUCCAGCCCAGACAGGACACUCGGGAGGUGGUGGAGGUGUAUAAGUCCGGUUUCGAACCUCCUGGAGACGUGGAGUUUGAGGACUACAGCGCCACCAUGAGGCGCAGCGUGUCCGAGUCCAGUUACCUCGACAACCGCAGCGAGGGGCGGAGACACAGCAGGAAGCUCUGGCCUUUCAUCCGGAAGAAUAAGUUGCUGACGUUGCUGUCAUCACCGCGGCAACCGCCCCCUCCUCCUCCCACGUCGCCCUCUCCCGGGGGCGUGGCCUCCAGCCCUCAAUCUCCGCCUACUGCCUCCAGAGAGCCAAUAACAGCACGCCUCAACGACCUCAUGUCCUCCGGCUCCAGGACCAGGAAGCAGUGUCUGCGCAGCAUCAAGAGAGGGCUCUCUCUCAAACUGAGCUCGAGUCCGGCCGACUGCAGCCAUCUGCCUCCAGAACAACGCCUCAAGAAGCUCCAGAACCGGGUCAACUCCAUCUGCCACGAGAUCCAGAGAGAGAAGGAACAGAGGGACGCUCUGUUAAAGAUGCGUGAGCUUUACGAGCGCAGUCCGCACAUGGGGGAACCUGCAAGUGUGGAGCCCCGCCUCCAGGAAGUGCACCUGAGUCUGCAGCGGCUGGAGGACGAGUUACAUAAUAACCAGGUGUGGUUGUCGGAGACGGAGAGCAGACUGAACUCGACGCGGCGUCAGAGCUGUGGCCUCGCGUCAGAGUCGAAAGAAAACAAGAGGAGCCCCGCGAGCCGAGAGAGCCCUGACGGCAGUUACACGGAGGACCAGGGGGCGGAGCUUCAGUUCAAAUCUCGGAGUUCAGAGUUCGACGAUGACUUCGACGAUGAGCCACUGCCGAGUAUCGGGACGUGCAAAUCCCUCUACCCUUUUCAAGGGCAGACAGAGGGGACGCUGUCAAUGCGUGAGGGGGAACUACUUUCUGUGGUGGAGGAGGACAAAGGCGACGGCUGGACCAGAGUGCGACGCAGCCUGGAGGAGGAGGGAUACGUGCCCACCUCCUACAUCAAAGUCUUUCUGGACUCAAGCGCUGCAAGUUUCGUUCAGAGCCGCUUGGUGUGAAGAUUCUGCCCACCGCUUGUCUGGACCAAUUAGAGCGCACGCACCAGCCGCAGAGGAAGAAGUGGGCGUGACUGUGUUUGUGCCGACCAAUCAGAGCCUUCAUUCGUCUGUAUAUAAACCAAAGGCUGCCUGAACCCGCCCCGUGUGACCCUGCCCCCUGCGCUUCAUUGGCUGUUUUUUAUUUAAAGAUGACCACUUCCUGUAAAGUUUCAAAAUAAAAG